AUGACUAUUACUACUACUUCCGUUGUAAGGCAGCCCCUUGAAGCCUGGGGCGCCAAGACCCCCUCCCACGUGGGGCGUCCUCUGGGCACCCGGCCUCCGGGGUGGGGAGGCGGCCAAGCCUGGGCCCCCCCGGGCAGCGGCGGGAGGGAGCCCGGCCGCCCCCAGUUUCCCAGCCCCCCUCGGCCGUUCCACUGCGGCGGCGGCGCGGGGAACGCGGGGCGGCGCGCGGAGAUGGUAGCGCCCGCUCCUCUGCCUCCACGCCGCCCGCCGCCCGCCGCCGCCGUGCGCUCUGGCAGGAUGGCGCGGGCCAAGCUGCCGCGCUCGCCGUCCGAGGGCAAGGCGGGCCCGGGGGGCGCCCCGGCCGGCGCCUCGGCCCCCGAGGAGCCGCACGGGCUCAGCCCGCUGCUGCCGGCCCGCGGCGGGGGCUCCGUAGGCAGCGACGUGGGCCAGAGGGUCCAGGUGGAAUUCUACGUCAACGAGAACACCUUCAAGGAGAGGCUGAAGCUGUUCUUCAUCAAAAACCAAAGAUCCAGCCUGAGGAUCCGGCUGUUCAACUUCUCCCUGAAGCUGCUGACCUGCCUGCUGUACAUCGUCCGCGUCCUGCUGGACGACCCGGCCCUGGGGAUCGGAUGCUGGGGCUGCCCGAAGCAGAAUUACACCUUCAAUGAGUCAUCCUCUGAGAUCAAUUGGGCCCCCAUCCUGUGGGUGGAGAGGAAGACGGCUCUGUGGGCCAUUCAGGUCACCGUGGCCGUGGUCAGCUUCCUGGAGACCAUGCUCCUCACUUACCUCAGCUACAAAGGCAACAUCUGGGAGCAGAUCUUCCGCGUGGCCUUCGUCCUGGAGAUGAUCAACACCCUGCCCUUCAUCAUCACGAUGUUCUGGCCGCCGCUGCGGAAUCUGUUCAUCCCGGUGUUUCUGAACUGCUGGCUGGCCAAGCACGCCCUGGAGAACAUGAUCAACGACUUCCACCGAGCCAUCCUGCGCACCCAGUCGGCCAUGUUCAACCAGGUCCUCAUCCUCUUCUGCACCCUGCUGUGCCUCGUCUUCACGGGGACCUGCGGCAUCCAGCACCUGGAGCGUGCGGGCGACAACCUGUCCCUCCUGACCUCCUUCUACUUCUGCAUCGUCACUUUCUCCACCGUGGGCUACGGAGACGUGACGCCCAAGAUCUGGCCGUCCCAGCUGCUGGUGGUCAUCAUGAUCUGCGUGGCCCUCGUGGUGCUCCCGCUGCAGUUUGAGGAGCUCGUCUACCUGUGGAUGGAGCGGCAGAAGUCGGGGGGCAACUACAGCCGCCACCGGGCCCAGACGGAGAAGCACGUGAUCCUGUGUGUCAGUUCCCUCAAGAUCGACCUGCUCAUGGACUUUCUGAACGAGUUCUACGCCCACCCCCGGCUGCAGGACUACUACGUCGUCAUCCUGUGCCCCACCGAGAUGGACAUCCAGGUUCGCAGGGUCCUGCAGAUCCCGCUGUGGUCCCAGCGGGUCAUCUACCUCCAGGGCUCCGCGCUCAAGGACCAGGACCUCAUGCGGGCCAAGAUGGACAACGGGGAGGCCUGCUUUAUCCUCAGCAGCCGGAACGAGGUGGACCGCACCGCAGCGGACCACCAGACCAUUCUGCGUGCCUGGGCUGUGAAGGACUUUGCCCCCAACUGCCCUCUCUACGUCCAGAUCCUCAAGCCUGAGAACAAGUUUCACGUCAAGUUUGCAGAGCACGUGGUGUGUGAGGAGGAGUGCAAGUACGCCAUGCUGGCCCUGAGCUGCAUCUGCCCGGCCACGCCCACGCUCAUCACCUUGCUGGUGCACACGUCCCGCGGCCAGGAAGGCCAGGACUCACCGGAGCAGUGGCAGCGCAUGUACGGACGCUGCUCGGGCAACGAGGUCUACCACAUCCGCAUGGGGGACAGCAAGUUCUUUGGCGAGUACGAGGGCAAGAGCUUCACCUACGCUGCCUUCCACGCGCACAAGAAGUACGGCGUGUGUCUCAUUGGCCUGAAGCGGGAGGAGAACAAGAGCAUCCUGCUGAACCCGGGGCCCCGGCACAUCCUGGCCACCUCCGACACCUGCUUCUACAUCAACAUCACCAAGGAGGAGAACUCGGCUUUCAUCUUCAAGCAGGAGGAAAAGCAGAAGAAAAAGGGCCUCGCGGGGCAGGGGCUGUAUGAGGGCUCGUCCCGCCUGCCCGUGCACAGCAUCAUCGCCUCCAUGGGGACAGUGGCCAUGGACCUCCAGAACACGGAGUGCCAGCCAGCACAGAGCGGCGGAGGCAGCGGGGGCAGCAAGCUGGCGCUCCCCACAGAGAACGGCUCAGGCAGCCGGCGGCCCAGCAUCGCGCCCGUGCUGGAGGUGGCCGACAGCUCGACCCUGCUGCCCUGCGACCUGCUGAGUGACCAGUCAGAGGACGAGAUGACGCCGUCGGACGAGGAGGGGCUGUCUGUGGUGGAGUACGUGAAGGGCUACCCCCCCAACUCGCCCUACAUUGGCAGCUCCCCUACCCUGUGCCACCUCCUGCCCGUGAAAGCCCCCUUCUGCUGCCUGCGGCUGGACAAGGGCUGCAAGCACAACAGCUACGAAGAUGCCAAGGCCUACGGCUUCAAGAAUAAGCUGAUCAUUGUGUCGGCGGAGACAGCGGGCAAUGGGCUGUACAACUUCAUCGUGCCGCUCCGGGCCUACUACCGGCCCCGCCGAGAGCUCAACCCCAUCGUGCUGCUGCUGGACAACAAGCCUGACCACCACUUCCUGGAGGCCAUCUGCUGCUUCCCCAUGGUCUACUACAUGGAGGGCUCCGUGGACAACCUGGACAGCCUGCUGCAGUGCGGCAUCAUCUACGCCGACAACCUGGUGGUGGUGGACAAGGAGAGCACCAUGAGCGCCGAGGAGGACUACAUGGCCGACGCGAAGACCAUCGUCAGCGUGCAGACCAUGUUCCGGCUCUUUCCCAGCCUCAGCAUCACCACGGAGCUCACCCACCCGUCCAACAUGCGGUUCAUGCAGUUUCGUGCCAAGGACAGCUACUCUCUGGCUCUUUCCAAGCUGGAAAAGAGGGAGCGGGAGAACGGCUCCAACCUGGCCUUCAUGUUCCGCCUGCCCUUCGCCGCCGGCCGCGUCUUCAGUAUCAGCAUGCUGGACACGUUGCUGUACCAGUCCUUCGUGAAGGACUACAUGAUCCCCAUCACCAGGCUGCUCCUGGGGUUGGACACCACGCCGGGCUCGGGCUACCUCUGUGCCAUGAAGGUCACAGAGGACGACCUGUGGAUCCGCACCUACGGCCGCCUCUUCCAGAAGCUGUGCUCCUCCAGCGCCGAGAUCCCCAUCGGCAUCUACAGGACCGAGUGCCACGUCUUCUCGGAGCCUCACAACCUCAGGGCCCAGUCCCAGGUCUCGGUGAGCGUGGAGCACCGCGAGGAAACCCAGGAGGCGCAGGGGCCCUGGGGCUCACAGGCAGGCACGGGCGGCGGCGGCAGCGCCCACGGCCGGCACACGGUGGGCGGUGGCUCAGCGGAGCGCCCACUCCUGCGGCGCAAGAGCCUGCCGUGGGCGCGGAGGCUGAGCCGCAAGGGUGCCCGGCACUCGGGGAAGGCGGCGGCCGAGUGGAUCAGCCAGCAGCGGCUCAGCCUGCACCAGCGGUCCGAGCGGCAGGAGCUCUCCGAGCUGGUCAAGAACCGCAUGAAGCACCUGGGGCUGCCCACCACCGGCUACGAGGAUGUAGCAAAUUUAACAGCCAGUGAUGUCAUGAAUCGGGUAAACCUGGGAUAUUUGCAAGACGAGAUGAACGACCACCAGAACACCCUCUCCUAUGUGCUCAUCAACCCCCCACCGGACACGCGGCUGGAGCCCAACGACAUCGUGUAUCUCAUCCGCUCCGACCCCCUGGCCCACGUGGCCAGCAGUUCCCAGAGCCGGAAGAGCAGCUGCAGCAACAAGCUGGCUUCCUGCAACCCUGAGACGCGGGACGAGACGCAGUUCUGA